GGCAGUGUGUGUUAUAUAAACUCAUACAUUAGUGGGAGACUAUCCUCACGAACAUUAGGUGUUAUUGAAACAAACGAUAAGUUGGUUGUAACAGUCGUUGGUGAUAGCGGGUCUCAAUCACCUGCAACGGUUGUGCGGUUAUCGAAUCAGACCAUGGCUCCUCUAGUAGACAAUGAUACAAAACUGAUCAAAGAACACCUGCAGAAUGAACAUGAGCAGUUCCAAAGACUCGUGGCACCUUCAGCUGACAACUGGAAGUUUAGGUUGCACCCCAUCAUAUUCCCUUACGUCCUCGGCUAUAACCUUCUUGGCUUCUAUGGAGGAUAUCUUCUUCUGUAUGCAAAGUACCAAACUGUUCUAUUCACACUAUUCCUGGUGAUUCCCUCAAUGCUGGGUCUUGGCGCCGGCGUCCACAGACUGUGGUCACAUCGAGCGUUCAAAGUCAAGCCUCAACUGGAAAUAUUACUCAUAUUCUUCUACCUACUUACCAACCAGCGAUCCAUAGUUACAUGGGCUAGAAGGCACCGCUUGCAUCAUCAAUGCGCUGACACGGAUGCUGAUCCUCACAACGCUACCAGAGGUUUCUUCUUCUCCCAGUACGGCUGGAUGGUGGUGGAGCCGCAUCCAGAAGUGGUGAAAAGGGAGAAGCAUAUUGACGUUUCGGAUUUGAUGAAAAAUCCGAUCAUCCGCUUUCAGGAGAAAUAUAUCGUACCACUGGUUGCUUUAAUAGCAUUCGGAUUUCCAACCUUCGUAGCGACUACAUUUUGGGGGGAGUCACUACACAUUGCAUUUUUUGUUAAUUACUUCCGAACAAACUUGGUAAUGAAUAUGAUAAACUUGAUUAACAGUGCUGCUCACUUAAUAGGGUAUAAGCCAAUUGACCAAACCGCAGUUGGAACGCAAUCCCAAGGUCUUGGCCUGAUCAUCUUUGGAGAAGGUUUCCAUAAUUACCAUCACACGUUCCCAUACGACUAUAGAUCAUCAGAAUUCGGAGAUAUCAAAUACAACCUUUCCGCCUUAUUUAUAGAGUUCAUGGCGAAAAUUGGAUGGGCAUACGACCUUAAAGUGACUUCGGAGAAUGUAAUUAGAAACAGGGUUUUGAAAAAGGGCGAUGGGACCGAUAUGUACUACAUACCUAACAAUCAAAAGAAACAGGAUUUCUUUGGCACGAAUUAUUUUAAACCACGGGAACAAGAAAAAUUACCUGAUUAG